GUCGAGUCCGUAGCCAGCUCAACUGCGGUCUCUCUGAGCGUCAUGUAAUACGUUUCAACAAUAUGGCGGAAGAAGACGAGGAUUCAUCGUUAGAACGCGUUCUUCAAAGGCACAGAAAGGAAGCGAAAGAUCUUCAGGCCAAAAUCCAGGCGUUGAAACACUCUGUUCCAAAAGGUGACAAAAAGAAGAAAAAAGAGAUGGCUCUUGAGAUUGCAAAGCUGGAGGAAGAUUUAUCCGUGAGACAUAAGAAUGAGCUGGACUCACUGCAGAGUGACUCAAGUAAAGAAAAUCAUAAGGAACUAGAUGUCACAAAGGAGAUGGAAUCCAUUUCGAUAACCUCGGGUGAAGGGGAAACACACUCUCGAGUUUCAAAAGCACAAAAAAGACGGGUAAAAAUGUACUAUUUUAUUAUUAAUGUUAACCCUUUAACUAUUACAUUUAACAGCAUGCAGAAAUUUAACCUUGAAUUCUUCAUCAUCAGCUUGUACAAUGCUAUUGCUGAUCAGCUGUCUAGGAGAAAUCAACAGACUGGUAUGCAAACAUUACGAAAACUUGCAGCAGACUAUAUGUUGAGCCAUCAAGAUGAUUUUUUACCAUUUUUGACCGAUGCGAAAACUGGGAAGCUGUACACACCAGAUCAAUUCGUUCAGUAUUGCGAAGAAAUCGCUGCGACUGCUUCAUGGGGAGGGCACCUUGAGAUCCAGGCUUUGUCUCAAGCUCUAAAGCUUCCUAUAGAAGUUUAUCAAGCUAACGCCCCAGUUCUAAGAAUAGGAGAGGACUAUGAUGACCGGCCAUUAUUGUUAUCAUAUCAUCACCAUGAAUACGGUCUGGGAGAGCAUUACAACUCAGUCAUUCCCACAGAAGAAUGUUUUGACAGCUAGCACUUAGAUUAAUGAUUCAUUGAACGCGCUGAAAACGAUUUAUUACAAUCAAAAGACUAUCAAUGUGUACCAGAACACCCAUAGUGGUCAUUUAAAUAAAAGAUUAGACGUCGUGACA